GGCGGGUCUCAGCCAGUCCGUGAGCGGUACCUACACCUUCAAGGUCCGCGUCCUUGAAAGCGUUACUCGUCCUCGUCCGACUCGUGUGUCGUUACAUGAAGAGGAUCGCCGAUAGGCGUCUCGCGACUGAGUUCUAGCUUGGGUCUUCUUCGUCCUAGAAUUAGAGUCCUGUUUGAGCAUUUAAUCCUCUAUCGCGUCCUACCUCGUCCCAGAAGUGGUGAACGGGUACGUUCCUACAUCGCUACCCCACCCCGAUCGGUUCCCUUUUAUCCCUUCCUAAACAGUAGCGUUUCGAACGUCAGUUGAACGGGAGUGAUUGAGGGGUAAGGAAGUGGGUGAUAUCCUGGAAGCAGCUCGUGGCAAGACGACGACGACGAAGACGUGGUCGAGAAGAGGAAGUUGUAUUCUUUACCGAGGAGCAUGAGGUCCUCGUUGGUGCUGCUCCUGGUAGCAGCUUUCGUCUUUGCCGAGGGCUCGAUCCGAGUUAAACGACAAGAAGAGAAGAAAGAAGAAAGCUUCGAGAACGAGAUUUGUAAAGACAAGGAUGCGGGCGAGUGGUUUAGAUUGGUCGCGGGCGAGGGUGACAAUUGCCGUGAUGUUAUUCAGUGUACGAGUUCCGGUCUGCAGGCAAUAAGAUGCCCGGCUGGUUUGUACUUCGAUAUCGAUAAGCAGACCUGCGACUGGAAGGAUUCCGUCAAUAACUGUAAACUGAAAGACGGCUUGCUCGCUUGCGGUGAUGGAGCUUGUAUCGAGAGGGGUCUCUUCUGUAACGGAGAAAAGGACUGCACUGACGGCUCUGAUGAAAACAUUUGCGAUAUGGACAAUGAUCCCAAUAGAGCUCCACCAUGCGAUCCUUCUGUAUGUACCCUGCCCGACUGUUUCUGCUCAGAGGAUGGUACCACGAUACCCGGUGAUCUUCCGUCUAAAGAUGUUCCUCAGAUGGUCACAAUUACUUUCGAUGACGCCAUUAACAACAACAACAUUGGCCUCUAUAAAGAGAUCUUCAACAGCAAGCGCAAGAAUCCAAACGGCUGCGACAUCAAGGCAACCUUCUUCGUAUCGCAUAAGUACACCAACUAUUCCGCGGUCCAGGAGAUGCAUAGGAAAGGCCACGAAAUCGCCGUCCAUUCAAUCUCGCACAAUGAUGACGAACGCUUCUGGUCGGACGCUACCGUCGAUGAGUGGGCCAAGGAGAUGGCUGGCAUGAGGAUCAUCGCCGAGAAGUUCGCAAAUCUGACGGAUAACAGCGUAGUCGGCGUCAGAGCGCCGUAUCUGCGGGUAGGCGGUAACAAUCAGUUCACUAUGAUGGAGGAGCAAGCCUUCUUGUAUGAUUCCACCAUCACUGCGGCCUUGAACAACCCUCCGCUGUGGCCAUACACCAUGUACUUCAGAAUGCCGCAUCGUUGUCACGGAAAUCUUCAACACUGUCCCACUAGAUCGCACGCCGUGUGGGAGAUGGUGAUGAAUGAGCUGGAUCGGCGUGAGGAUCCACAGAACGAUGAGUAUCUGCCCGGCUGUGCUAUGGUGGACUCGUGCAGUAAUAUCUUGACCGGCGAUCAAUUCUAUAACUUCCUCAAUCACAACUUUGAUCGUCACUACGAGCAGAAUCGUGCCCCUCUCGGUCUCUACUUCCACGCCGCCUGGCUGAAGAAUAAUCCCGAAUUCUUGGAUGCCUUCUUAUAUUGGAUUGACGAAAUCUUGCAGAGCCACAAUGAUGUGUACUUUGUGACGAUGACUCAGGUGAUUCAAUGGAUUCAGAAUCCGCGCACCAUUACCGAGUCGAAGAACUUUGAGCCCUGGCGGGAGAAGUGUACGGUGGAGGGACCACCGGCGUGCUGGGUGCCCCAUACCUGUAAACUGACCUCGAAAGAGGUGCCCGGCGAGACCAUCAACCUUCAGACUUGUGUCCGCUGUCCCAACAAUUAUCCUUGGGUGAAUGAUCCGACUGGUGACGGCUUCUUCUAAACUGCCGAGCGCGAUUCUUCUUCUCGUCUAAGUUAAAUUUUUCCUCUUUCUCCUUAGUUCUGCCAAUCCUUUUCUCCCUGUACCUCAACCUGACGUCGGUCGAAAGGGACGUCGCGAAUCUUCGCGAUCCAACGGCGCCGGAAGUCACCGACCAACGCCAAGUAUUCUCGAGACUUUCGAGAGCGACGGCGAUUACGACGAGGCACAUGGAGAAGAUGAGGAGAAAGAUCAUCAGUCCGUUAGACUCCGAUGAUCGCCCUUAGUUGCCAAUAUUUUUCGCUGUUUUUAUCGUUGAGAACGACGUAUCUGUGAUGAUUAGUUCUGUUCAGUUGAAAUAAUACGGAGUCUAAUGGACUGAAGAUGAAUGGAGUAAAAUGAAACUUUUUAUCCGCUUCGUGUUCACAGAUGUAAUUAAAGCUAACGUUCAUUAUGCGUCAGUAAUUUGUGAUAGACUCCCGAAGGCGACAUCCUCGAAGUCCACGAGGCGGCAAUGACGGUCACGUUGACCGAUCAUAAAAACGACAAUAACGAUGACGAUGACGAGAGCUGCGCGCAUAUCCACUAGAAAUCGGCAGAAGCAAAAGCAAAAUAUCGCGCCCCACCCGAUCCUACGAGGAGAAAUCGCGGAUCUUUCGAUGGCGGUGGCUUGGCGAUC